GCAGCCAAUAAGCGCUUUUUUAUUUUUUCUGAGUAGUUCCUAACUUAGCCGCCAGAGGGCAACAGACUCACCACGGGAUGGGUAACAGCUACUCUCCUAAAACGCAGUUCAUUUUUCACCCUCAAGAUGAAGAAAACAGCCCCUCCAGAGCAAUCUUCAGUCUUGUUUAACUCAGGGGCUUCAUUUGCAAAAAAUUUUGAGGAAAGUUCUGCAACGGGGAGAAACGAGCUCUCGUCGAAAGAGACCAGUUUACCCGAUGAGGGCGACUUGGAAUGCAAUGGAGGAAAAAUCCAAGAACCUGAAGCUGCUAAAAGCAAUGUCCUUCCUCCUUCCAUCAGCCACGAAUACCAGAGUUUGCCCAUAACCAAACACAGGCAAAAGCUAAUUUCUUUUAUAGAAAGCAACUCAGUUGUGAUCAUUCGAGGAGCCACGGGCAGUGGCAAAACUACCCAGCUGCCUCAGUACAUCCUGGACCAUUACAAUGAGAAAAACUCCCCGUGCAAGAUUGCAGUCACCCAACCACGCAAAAUUGGAGCCUCCAGCAUUGCUCGAUGGGUUUCCACGCAGAGAAAAUGUUCCCUUGGUGGGCUGGUGGGAUAUCAGGUUGGCUUGGAGAAGAAAGCCUCUGACCAAACCCAAUUAAUCUACUUGACAACAGGAGUACUUCUGCAAAAACUGGUUUCAGCCAAAUGCCUCAUAGAGUUUUCCCACAUUUUUGUUGAUGAGGUCCAUGAGCGCUCAGAGGAGAUGGACUUUCUAUUAUUAGUUUUAAAGAAAUUCUUGCAUUCCAACUCUCGUUACGUCAAGAUUGUCCUCAUGUCAGCCACCAUCAACUGCAGAGAGUUUGCCGAGUACUUUAGUACUCCUGUGUGUGGCAGAAUGAUCCCCGCCUAUGUUUUUGAAGUGGAGGGAGCCCCCUACACCAUUGAAGAGUUUUACCUGGACGACCUUCAUAAACUGUUUCCGUGCAGGAUGAAGUUUCCUCAGUCAGAUUUUCCGUGCAUCCCUGAGGAGAUGUACAGUGUUGCCAUCAGUCUAAUCCAGAGCUUUGAUGACAUGGAAGAUAAGGAUUCUCGUGAAAAAGAAGAUGGUAAAGGUGUGGCGGAGAAAGGCAGUGUUUUAGUUUUCCUUCCUGGCAUAAACGAGAUAAGCUCCAUGCAGGAGGCCUUGGGCAAACUCAUCCAGAAAAGACUGCAGGUUUUCCCUCUCCAUUCAUCUGUGACUUUGGAAGAGCAGAACAAUGUAUUCCUAACUCCUAUUCCUGGAUGCAGAAAGGUUAUCCUUUCCACCAACAUUGCUGAGAGUUCUGUCACUGUUCCUGAUGUCAAAUAUGUGAUUGACUUUUGUUUGGUCCGCCAAAUGGUCUGUGACCCAGACACCAAUUAUCAGAGCCUCCGUCUGACGUGGGCGGCUAAAACCAACUGCAACCAACGAAAAGGAAGAGCAGGUCGAGUGUCGAAAGGCUACUGUUACCGUCUUGUGACCAAAGCAUUCUGGAAAACAGAAAUCCCAGAGUACAUGACUCCUGAGAUGCUGCUCGCUCCCUUGUCCUCCAUCAUGUUGAAGGUGAAACUGCUCGACAUCGGAGAUCCCUGCUCUCUCCUCUCCACGGCGCUGUCUCCUCCCAGUGUUGAUAACAUUGUUAGAACUGUCCUGCAACUUAAAGAAAUCGGAGCCCUGUCUGUGAGAAGCGAUGGCAGGGAUCAGAACUACGAUGGGGAGCUGACAUUUCUGGGCAGGGUGCUGGCACACUUGCCUGUAGACCUGCGACUGGGGAAGAUGAUUGUUCUCGGCCAUGUCUUUGGAUGCCUUGAUGAAUGCCUGAUCAUAGGUGCGUCACAGUCCUUGAAGAACAUGUUUUCUGUCCCUUACUUGCAGCAGCUGGCAGGCCACAGGAGCAAGCUGGCUUUUGCUGAUGGCUCGCAAAGUGAUUCCAUUGCUUUGGUUAAUGCUUUCAAGACAUGGUACCAGUCCAAAAAGAAAGGUGAACUGAGGCAAUGGAAGGAUGAGCUGAAUUGGGGUAAAGAGAACUUCAUUCAGAUAAAGAGCAUCAGAGAGGUAGCAGAGCUGUAUGAGGAGCUGAAGACACGUGUGUCCCAGUUCAACAUGCAUGUCACUGAGGAUACUCAGCUGCCAGACUACACCAGCAUACAUAAGCAGAGGUUCAUUCUUCAGGUGGCUAUUGCUGGCGCCUACUACCCCAACUACUUUGUCCAGAUGGAAAUGGAUGAACAAAUGGCUACCAAGGACAUGUGUGGACUAAAUCCUCAAACUACAGUGAUGCUGAGGAGACUCCCCCCAUACAGUUUCUUGUAUUACAAGCAGCUGCUGUCUGUAUUCCGUCUGUGCGGACAGGUGAAGACCGUUCACUUUGAAAACACCAGAGUAUUUGUGGAGUUCAGCAAUGCAUCCAGCAACUCAGAGGUACUGUCGGAAGUGUCUCUGGCUCUGCUUUUGGCUCGUCAGGGUUCUCCAAUGGAGAUUUCCGUCUACCCCACGGGGCAAAUAGAGGCAUUUACUGGGGACAGAUCCAUAUCUCACCUGAAAUAUGGACGAUUGACUGCUGACAUCCAGACCCUGUCUGUCAGCCCGAUGGAAAUUGGAAGGAGCACUGCUGACCUGGACAGGCUACCACCCAGCCGCUUGUUCAUUGUGAACAUCACAGAGGUGGUGGAUGUGGGACAUUUCUGGGGAUAUCCUUCAGAUGAAGAAAGCAUGACAAAGCAACAGAAACUCACCACAGAGAUCAACUCACGCACCCUGAAUCCUGUGACUGUGGCACUCCACCCUAAUAUGUGCGUGCUGGCGCCAUACGCCGAAAAUGCUGAGCAGAGCUUGUAUUACAGAGCUAAGAUCCUCCACAUUUCUGCUAAUGUAGUGGAGGUUUUUUUUGUGGACUUUGGCAACAAAGCGGUUGUUGCUAGCAAAAAUCUGAGAGAAAUCCCGUCUGACCUGCUCUCUCACCCUUUCCAGGGCAUGGAGUUCCAACUUGCUGGAAUGAGUCCCUCAGCCAAGUCAAUCAUCCUGGGGAACAAAUGGAGCAGUCAAGCCCGAAACGAUUUCAGCUCAUUGAUCAAAGGCCAAUUAGUCAUGGUGUCUGUGUACUCCAUUCUGCACGGUGUCAUCCAUGUGGAUAUGCUCAUCAACACGCAGUCCAAAGAAAUCAGCAUGGUGGACAUUUUGGUGGAGAAUGGACACGCUGUGAAGACAGAGGAGAGCUAUGACUCAAAGCAAAACCACGAGGUGCUGAUGUCUGUGUACCAGGACAAACAGAAUGGAAAGUAUGUUCCCAAUUCUGUUGGUGGCUCCUGGAAAGAGCGCAUGGAAGAGGACAAGGAGCUCAUCCACAGUCUCCUUUGUCACUUUUCCAAAAGGCAGAACAUCUCCAGCAAUAAGGUGCAAUUGCAGGGACCACUGAGCUCUUACAAAGCAAAAUUCUACCCUUUGAGCCAGAUGACCUCUUACAAGACCGUGUCAAUCGACAAAUCCAGCAUCAACUCCAUAGCUCUCAAUGAAAGCCCUCAUCUCAAACAUAUGAGAAUGCUGGUGGCUGGGACUGUGUCAGUCAAUGCGUCAGGUUCUUGCAUACUCCUGAAAGAUACCUCCUUCUUGCCUAACAUCCCUGGGUUGCCUGCACUGGUGACAAUGGUGUUCACCCCCAUCAUGGAGUUACGGACUGACAAAGAGAGGACCUGCUACACUGGAGCCCUCUGUGGCUUAGGCUACAACAGCCAGACACACGAGGUCAUCCUGCCUGAGCACGACAUUGAACUGGAGUUUGAUGUCAAGUUUGAUGUCGAGGACAUCAUCGAGAUAAAUGCAUUGCGGAUGUCCAUAAACAGUCUUCUGUGUGAAGGGAGGGAAGGCACCCUGCAUCUGGGUCCUGACAGGAUUAGUCAGCUGCAGGAGGACUGCCGAGAACGCCUCAUAAGACUCUUCACCAAGUCUCCUCCACGGGAACCCGUCACUCCACCUUUCAAUGAGAACCGGGGAAAGUGGAACCUGGUGGAUCCUUCGCUGUGGAUGAACUUUACAGAAGAGGGAGCCGCAAACAGCAGAGGUGAAUUUCUCAAGCUGCAUCCUGUUACUCUGCUUAACAGUUAAAAGAGAAACAACUGCAACAAAUGCACUGGAUGCAUUUACCCAAAAUGUUUUAUUAUAACUGAGUGUUUUAUUUAGAUGGGCCUUUUCUAAGUUCUAAUCAGUCAGGAUCUUUAAGCUGUUCUAUAAAUCAAGAUAUUAUUUUAGUAUUAUUGGAGGAGUCCUCUGUUUAGCUUGGAAGUUAAAUUUGUAAUUCAGUCCAGUUUGGUGCUGUAACACUGCUUCAGCUGUGUGACAUUAAAAAUAGUUUUCUGCAACA